AUGAUUGCGCCUUGCCCCAACGGGGCUCGCCCACUUCUUCGACCUGACGGGGAGCCAAGAAAAUGUCUGCCCCAUCAAAACAGGCUUUGCGUCAACGCACUGCCGGACAGGCCAAACGCUUCAACGGUUUGUUGUUAUAACAAUCAAGUCGACUACUUCUGUUGUUUGGACGCCACAGCACAGCAGUGUCCCGACUAUCAGCAUGUCACCGUUGUUAUCCACAAUUCAUUCCCGCAAAACCCAUUUGCAUUAAAGUCGUACUUCUUCCGUGAUGGUAUUGAAGACGAAGUUGUUGAUGCCACAAUUGGCGAGGGUGGCACCAGAACAGAGAAUUCAUCCCUACUUGUUCAGUUGCAAGAUGGAGCGCGAUAA